AUGCAGAAUAUUGGAAGAGUUUUCAACCAGGAGUGGACAUUUCCAAUACGCUCUCCGCGCGUUGAGAUAACCCUGAAGAAAGGCUCGGAGAAUGAAACAUGGUACAUCCGCUACAGCCACUACAAAUCUGCAUGGAAAAUAGACAAUAAAGUGCUGACGGCACAGAACAUGCAGAUUUCAGCGGGAGGCAUGCACUUCUUCCUCAACCUGCCUCCUCUGUCCGACGAGUACCUGUUUGAAAUAGAAAACCUGGCACAGAUUGUCCUGGACGCGAAGGAUCGGCUUGUUACUUUUGAGGAUCUGUACAAACAGCUUCGAAAAAAAAUAAGAAAAAGCAAGAUCAAGUCCAGAGAGCACUACCAGACUCUUCUUUCUUUUUCAAAGUGUUUCAUUAAAAUCAGCAUUUCAGACACAAUCGGCAACACCAUGGUCGUAUGGCGCGUGCACAAAGAGCACCUGAAAAACUUCCAGGCCAUAAAGCGCAUGGUGCAGCACAUCAAAAUAGACUCUUCAGACGUAAAAGAAACAGUACACCUUUCGUACAUGGAUAAGCAAAAGAGGCCAAAAAGGCCAAGAAAAACAGAUGCACAGGCGAAAAGCAUGAAAACACACUCAUUGACCGUUCUGAAAAAAGAGUCUGAGAGAGCAGAGCCUAGACUUUCGGCAGUUACAGGAAGAAAACACGAGAGAACGUCUUCAAUAUAG